CCACUCACCGUUUGGUAUAAAGCAUUGGAGAAACCCUAGAACAUAGUCUUCUCACGCAGAAAACCCUAAUCUGUAACUCUGUUGGAGGAGGCUGAGCUCAAGUUCUCUGCAUCUUCACAUCUUAGCGACAAUGCCUUUCAAGAGAUAUGUGGAGAUUGGGAGGGUUGCUCUUGUGAAUUAUGGAAAAGAUUAUGGAAGACUUGUCGUCAUUGUUGAUGUUAUCGACCAGAAUCGGGCUUUAGUUGAUGCACCUGAUAUGGUGAGAGCUCAAAUGAAUUUCAAAAGGCUCUCACUUACAGAUAUCAAGAUUGACAUCAAAAGGGUCCCCAAGAAGAAGACUCUGAUUGCUGCCAUGGAGGCUGCAGAUGUCAAGAACAAGUGGGAGAAAAGCUCCUGGGGCAGGAAGCUGAUUGUGCAGAAAAGAAGGGCCUCACUAAAUGACUUUGAUAGGUUCAAGCUUAUGUUGGCAAAGAUCAAGAAAGCUGGAACCAUCAGGCAAGAGCUUGCGAAGCUGAAAAAGCAGAGUGCUGCUUGAGCCCUUGGGGAGCGCCUAUUUUGCUUAAGAAUAUUACAUGUUUUUCUAGUACUAAAUCUUGCUCAAUGUUUCUUUCCCUUCAUUACCGAGACGACGUAUUGAUAGACCCUGCAGUUUGGUUGUCCUUUGUGUUCUCAUUGUUCACAAUCAGAUGAAUAUUUCGGGAUUCUCUUUA